CAGAAUCUCUGGCGUUAACCGAGAGUAACAAAUAAAGUCAUCAGAAUUUGAAUCUGAUGCAGUGAUGCUGUAAAGUUUAGAGUGUAAAGUAUAGCAUUUAAAGCGUGUCUCAAAAAUGACAGAUAAAGUGCCUUCAAAUGAGGAGGUUAUCGAUGAGUUGACAAAGGGUUUGGAAAAUGAGUGUGUCACAAAUGAUAACGAAAAAUGCGAGGAAAAGUUCUUCGACGCUGUGACAGGAGAACCCUGGACUGGAGAAGAGGAUAAGGGUUCCAAGAGUGAGGUUACCAAGGAACAUGUACCAGAAGAGGAGCCUGAUGAGUUUUAUGUCGACGAAGAAGUUGUAAAGAAUAGGGACAGUGAUCUCAUCGAGGAUGAUUUGUUCAAACUGAAGAAAGAGGCCGACAGUAUUAAGGCUAGGGGUAACAAGUUAUUUCAGAAUAGUGAGUUUAAGGAGGCUGUGGCUGUUUACACGGAGGGCUUAAAGACUUGUCCAAUGAAGUUUCAAAGAGAGAGGGCUAUACUGUAUGCCAAUAGAGCAGCUGCAAGGGUACAGUUGGAACAGAAAGAGAUGGCUAUAAAAGAUUGCACAAAAGCCAUUGAAACAGAUCCAAGUUAUGUGAAAGCUAGUCUAAGGAGAGCUCGUUAUUACGAGGAUACAGAGAAACUUGAUGAGGCUCUUGCAGAUUACAAGAAAGCACAAGAUAUUGACCCAAUGAACAAAGAUAUCAUCAAUAACAUUAAUAAACUAACUGUCAUGAUCAAUGACAGAAAUCAAAAACAAAUGGCAGAAAUGUUAGACAAAUUAAAGGACCUUGGUAAUGUUAUUCUUAAGCCUUUUGGACUGUCCACAAAUAACUUUCAAAUGCAAAAAGAUGAUAAUACUGGUGGUUACUCUGUAAAAUUUAAUCAAAACCCAACAUAGAUA